GCCAGGCGAACGCCAUCGCAGUGCUGUGUGCUGUGCAGUCGCAACAGGAAGCGAAGCGGUCGCGCUCACCGACGGCGUCGACGACGACGGCGUCGACGCUCCCAUUCCGGGCACCUCCGACUGCUGCCGGCGAGACAGCACAGCCAACUCAGUCCCUCCUCCGCCCACAUCGUUGCAGAGGAGGCGAAAAUAACAACAAUAAUAAUAAAAAACAGUGACGAUUUUACGUGUUCUAAAACGUCAGGUCCAUAGCGACGCUACUUGCCGACAGAGCACAGUAGCACGACCUCCUCAGUGGACCUGUACCACAGUUGUGAAUCGCGGAAGCUGUUAUAAAACGAGGACACUUGCAUUUUUGAUGUCCCUGAGCAAUAAUAACAAACAAUAACAAUAAAAUACUGCCAUUAUUACUACUGCAUAAACUUUUACGCUGUCUUGGCCGCAAUACGUCGUAAUUACCGCAAUUAUCACGUCGUUAUGGACUAUAAAGAGGUGUGUCUACAUUAAUAGUCACUGUUAUUACGGUAGUUAUUCCUCAUUUUUUUUAUUCGUGUCAUAAUAAUUGAAAUACAAGCCACGGACUCUUCAGACAACUGAUUGCGAGUUGGAGGGAAGCUGCUUUGCGAAAUUGGCCGAGACUCCACGGUUUAUUCGCGGCGUCGGUGACUACUGGCUGUGAUGGAAACUGGUUGAAGCUGUGUGAAUUCUACCGCCACUCUACACGACUGCACGCGUUUCGAACUGCCAGUGAAGUCUCAGCCGUGUGACAAAGUGUUUAUUUUUCCUGUAUCGCUCUUAAGUAGAGAAAACAGAAUAGAGACAAGAGAGAAAGAAGAGGGAGACAUUUGCACUGAUUACGACCGUCGUUUUCUUUUUUGUUUUUCCCCCCUUCCGCUGUGGAAGCGUCUUGCUCUCUUUGGCAGAUGUUGCCGAUCGCGAACUGCUUCGGCGAGGACUUGUCACGAGGUGUAAACAGUGCCACGAUGUGUCGCCACGAGCCCAGCUCUCGACUGCUGUGACAGUCGGUUACCACUGCUUUUAUUCCGCUCGCGGCGAGUGACUGAGUACUGAGGAGCAAUAUUGUUGACGUCGGUUUCGAAAACUGUGCUUUUGGAUUCGUGUCCAGUUGCGGCAGAAAUUCUGUGGCACCGUGGAAGAGUUGCUGUAAAUUUGGUGGUGAGCUCUGGUGUUUGAUUUGGAACUGAGACGCGAACGUGUAUCGCGGUGCGGUGUGUGCGUCAGAGCGGCCAGCCACACCCCCUUCCGGGCAGAAGUCUCUCAGCGGCAAGAAGGGGCCCACGGACUGCACAGUGUCGUCUCGAUGACGGCGUGAACGGCGCACAGAGAAGACGCCCAGUGAGAAUUGUAUGAGUGUCUCCGGCAGCCGGGAAGCCAGAAGCUACCGGAGGGAGCCCUGAAGGCGCGCCAGCUCUUCGGGGAUCGGCGCUGACGAGGAGGGGAGGUCACUGACUCGGGGUUCGCGCGAGCCGGAAAAAUUUUCUCACUGUACCAAGGCAGACCGCCGAGGAGCGACUUCGUUUCGCUCCCCGCAGUCGCCGAGCCCGACAGAUCCGCGACGGACUUCGCCACGAUGAACUCGUACUUCGAGCAGUCGGGCUUCUACGGGGCGCACCACCACCAGGCGGCGUCGGGGGCGGCCGGGGGCGGAGGGCCCGGCCACCACCACGACCAGACGGCGGCCGCCGCCGCCGCCGCCGCCUACCGCAGCUUCCCGCUCGGGCUGGGCAUGUCGCCGUACACGUCCUCACAGCACCACCACCACCACCACCACGGGCUGCACCAGGCGGCGCGCCCGCCGCAGGACUCGCCCUACGACGCCAGCAUCGCCGCCGCCACGUGCAAGCUGUACGGCGCCGGCGGCGGCGCGGGGGCGGCGGGGGCGGCGGCGGGCGCCGGCGACCCGCAGGCGGUGGCCAACUACAGCGCGGGCAAGCCCGACUGCAGCAAGUCGGAGGCGACGACGCCCGUCAGCGGCGCCGGGGGCGGCGGCCACCAAAACGGCUACGCGGCCGUCGUCGCCGCCGCCAAGGACGUGUGGCAGAGCGGCGGCGGCGCGGGCGGCGGCGGUGGAGGCGGGGGCGGCGCGGGCGGCGGCGCCGGGGGCGGAGGGCUCGUGGGCGCCCCCGUGCGGCCCGCCGCCUGCACGCCCGACUCGCGCGUCGCCGGGGGCGGCGCGGCGGCGGGCUACGCGGGACUCGUCGGCGGAGACCCCGCCGCCUCUCCGGGGGCGGCGUCCGGCGGCAGGGCAUCGGCUCCCGGGGGCGGGACGCUCGGCUCCUGGAACCAAUGCUCCAUCAACAGCUCCGUCGCGCAGCCGGCCGUGGUGCACCAGCAGCCGACCAACCACACCUUCUACCCGUGGAUGGCCAUAGCAGGUGAGUGUGGUCACCAUCACGGCAACUUCUCUUGGUUAAAGGAUAGCGCAGGUGCACCCGUGCCUUACCAGUGGAUCGCAGGCGCCAACGGGUUGCGCCGAAGAGGCCGGCAGACAUACACACGCUACCAGACGCUGGAACUGGAGAAGGAGUUCCACACGAACCACUACCUGACGCGGCGGAGGCGCAUCGAGAUGGCGCACGCGCUCUGUCUGACGGAGCGCCAGAUCAAGAUCUGGUUCCAAAACAGGCGCAUGAAGCUCAAAAAGGAGAUACAGGCCAUCAAGGAGCUGAACGAGCAAGAGAAGCAGGCGCAGGCGCAGAAGGCGGCAGCGGCGGCGGCUGCGGCGGCGGCGGCUCAGCAGCAGCAACAGCAGCAGCAGCAGGCGGGGGCGGCGGGUGGAGGCGGCGACAACAACUAGGAGCGGUGGGGCGAGGCGGCGUGGGGCGGCGUGCACUAGCAGGUAGGGUACGCUCGCUUACUCGCUUGCAUGCGUGCGUUUACGAGUGCGUGAGCAUGCGUGUGCGUGUGUGGUUGCUGCGUACGAAGCGCCAGCGCCGCCACACACAUACACAUUCACGACCGCCAGCCGCCACUGCCGACCUCCACCUGCGCCGACUUCGCAACGACCACGCCGGCGUCGCCGGGGAACCCCCUCAAGAUGCCGACUGUGAGUGCAACGCAGGGACGAGUGCAAAGGCGACACGAACCCCGCCACGUGGUGUGCACGUGCGUCAGGUGCCUCGCUUUGUUUCUGUUACCGCCUGUUACAGGUACCUCCGAGUACCGCACGCCUUGUAUCAUAGGACUACUAUUCCACUGUAUACCAAUGUUCAAAGCCAGACAUUUUAGCCCUUUUUGUGCUGUGCUUCGAGUAGAACGUUCUUUCAAAGCGACGUUCUGCAAUUUUUUUUCCACUGUUCGAGCUUCCGAGUUCAGUUUCCCGUGCCGUGGACACACUUACAGCGAAGCGGAACUGUGGAAAAAAAAGUUCAAAGUGUUUUCAGAUUACUUGAUUUCACAGUACGAAGCGUGGACAAUAAGCGCUCAGUUUCGAAGCAGGAGAUGUGUACUUAGAAGAGAACUCACAAGUGUAGAAAUGUUGUAAAAUGUAUCUUUCCUCUCCUUCACACUUGUGAACACAAAAGAUUCUGCUAAUUAUUAGCCAUUACUGUGUAAGAAUGUAAUGCAUACUGCAUGUGUUGUAGCGAAGUAUAUACUGAUAGCUAUUAAUCGAUCAAUAUUUGUUAAGGUGUGUCUUACAUUGUUAUCUGGAAGGCAGUAAGGAUUCAGUCGUUCCCGGUUGGCAUAAGACUUGAACUGAUUAAAAAAAACUGUUGAGACAGCUGCGAACAUUUGCUCUCGAAUGACAACGUUAGCUGUUGAUUCUGACAUUGCUUGUACCUGCAGACAAAAACUUUUUUACGGUCUAAGCACUUUGCAAAGCUUUAAAAUCGUAACCAUUACUCCGGAUUUUCGUGGUAACUGCGAGAUGAACUGUGAGUUCGAUGAGCUCUUAUCUCUCUACUGCUCACCAAAGUUCUGGGAACCUAGCUUAAAGUCUUUCAUUUGCUCGAAAAUGGCUGAUAAAUGUGUAACUUUGACGUAAAGAUCGGAGGUGACUGAGUAUAAUAACUUGAACCACUACUCUAAAUGGCAGGACAGUUUGUGUACUUGAGGUGCUGUGGCAUAUCCGAGCCAAACCACGUCUCAAAAUUUUCAAUUUUUCCGAUCUAGAGGACCUGUGAGGAAAAGACUUUUCUGUAUAUAAGAUCGAGUGAUGUCCAUACUUUGGCUCUGAUAUGACCAUCGCGCUAGAGAUAGUUUUGUGGUGUAAUUACAAGAAAAAACUGGCCAUUCAUUCAGUAUGGUUCAUUGUGUGAGCAUUGUCUUCUUGUUUGUGUGUGUCGUACGGCAUUCCCGUUUCCCGCAGAUGAUGGGGCCGUAGAGCGAAACGUUUUGGUACGUGCAAGAACUGGUGAACACCUAAGUGUCUCCUAAAAAGAAGGCAUGUUUCUCAUUUUUUCCGCAAGACUGUAGGGGCUAGCAAAGAAAGAAAAUUCCUUUUGCAGCGAACGGGAGAUUCCGGUUUGCCUAUUUGGCCACUAAUAUUCCAAGGUCGCAGACAUCAGAAAAAGCUAGUGGUCUCCAAAGCGACAGAAGACGCAAGAAAGUCCUGUCUCCGUCAGUGGUGGAAUCGCAAAUGCGUGCAGGCCACCUUAACGGUACGGGCUUCGACCCUCGUAAGGAUCGAAUUGGCUUCGCUCGAGCCACCUUUUUUAGCGUGGAACGUGGCGAACGGACUUGCUCGUAACAGCUGCAAAGUCUCCUCUUUCUGCUCAACGGAUUCCACCAGAAAGAGGGAGGAAGACCAGCGGGGACUAUUGUUGCGUUAAGGUUGGCACUACCUGUCCUCACUCGCAUCGACAGCGAGAGGGACCGGCGCCGGUGUUGACGUCGAGACGUGCGUCUUCCCACACGCGUAAACUUUGCGUACGCGUGUAUUUCCCUCGCUAACAAGCUGGAAGCCUGAUCCCCAAUAGGAGUUAUGUCUCCAUUGAGACGCCAGGCGGGAGCGAGAUGGUUCAGCUGGAGGGACACCUCUCCCCUCCCACACCUCUCCCCCUUUCGCUGUCUCGUCAAACACGCCUUCCGGUUCCUGAAACUGCCGCCGUAUCCAGGUAAACUGCGUACGUCCUUUUCAGAGACAUAAGGUCCUCACGACAAAAAAAAAGUAAUUUCCUCCCUCUAGUUCAUAACAUGGUUACUUGCUUCUCCUCCUCGUCCUCCUCCUCCUCCUCCUUCUCACCUCCCCCUCCCUUCCUCUUCCGCAAUCAUCGUAGCAUCAAAAUACUAUCCAGUUGCCGUAGUUAGUGCUCAACCUGAACAAACAAAAAACCAAGUAUUAAUAUGUGUAGUAGAGUAGGUCUUGCUUCGUAUAUUUUACUCGUUCAACGUUAGUUAAGAAAACAGUGUUCUCCCAGCGA